AUGCCUCGUUGCACCUUCAUUCUCUUCAUCUCUUUUAUUAUAAUCUCCAACUAUCUAGCUUCAGAAGCUAAGGUCUUCAUGAUUUUAAUGGAUGAAGAACCUGCUAUUUCUCCCCAAAAUGAACAAUCUUAUCUCAGGAAUUAUACUGAUGAUGUGGUGGUGUACAAAGAGAGGAUUAGUAGUGGGCAUGACAGAUUCCUGGAGUCUCUUCUCCAUAGAGAUUCCUACACCAAACUCUACAGCUACACUCAUUUGACCAGUGGAUUCGCAAUCCACGUUGAGUCUGAAGAGGUCCUCAGCGCUCUUCAAAAUGCAAAGGGAGUUAGAGCCAUCUAUGAAGAUGUAAAAAUGAAGAAGCUAACAACGCAUACUCCUGAAUUCCUCGGAAUUCCUGACCAAGUUUGGCCCAUUUUUGGGGGAUCAGACAAUUCGGGUGAAGGGGUGGUGAUAGGCUUUAUUGAUACUGGUAUUAAUCCUGAACAUCCUAGUUUCUCUAGCAGGUCCUCUAGGGGAACUCUGAGUAGAGGUAAAUUCAAAGGGAUAUGUACUACUGGGGAGAGGUUUCCCAGGGAAGCAUGCUCUGGUAAGAUAGUAGGAGCUCAUUAUUUUGCACGAGCAGCAAUUGCUCAUGGUGAUUUCAACUCCAGUCGCGACUAUGCAUCUCCUUUUGAUGCUGACGGUCACGGAAGCCACACAGCAUCAACAGCUGCAGGAAACUACCAUGUACCUGUAAUUGUUAAUGGCUUCAAUUAUGGAUAUGCUAGUGGCAUGGCUCCAGGAGCAAGGAUUGCUGUGUAUAAAGCUCUUCAUACUUUUGGAGGUUAUAUGUCUGAUGUUGUGGCUGCUAUUGAUCAGGCAGUGGAAGAUGGAGUAGAUAUAAUAAAUCUCUCUGUAGGCCCUUCCACCAUCCCUUCUGGUUCUACCGCCUUCCUCAAUUUACUAGAAUUGGAGCUCUUGUUUGCAGUCAAAGCUGGAGUUUUUGUUGCUCAAGCUGCCGGCAAUGGUGGCCCUUACUCCACUUCAAUUCUUUCUUUCAGCCCAUGGAUCACAAGCAUUGCUGCAUGUGUCACUGACCGGAAGUACAUCAACACAAUAAGUUUAGGCAAUGGACAAAGCUUCUCUGGCACAGGCCUUGCGCCUCCAACAGCUGGAACAAUAUAUUAUCCUAUAGCAGCAGCUGUUGAUGCCUGUCUGAGGAACACUACCACUGGCAUUGCAUCGCUUGAGAGCUGUCAGCGUCCGGAGCUCUUCAUCCCAUCCCUAGCUCGAGGGAAACUAAUUAUCUGCACAUACUCGUUUGAUUUUGAGUACGAAGCUGCAACUCUUGCAGCCAUCGCAGAUAACAUUAAAAACAUGGCGGCUGCAGGAUUUAUCCUCAUAAUGGACCCUGAUAUGGGUUCAACACCAGUCAAUGGUUCUACAAUGACCCCGCGAGUCCCUGGAAUUAUCCUAAAUAACAUGCAAGCUUCAAUGGCUCUAUGGGAAUAUUACAACGCCAAUACCAUUAGAAGCAGAAGCGGACAAGCAGUAAUCUUCAAUGCAAGGGCAAGAAUACUAGAUGGAAGGCAAGCAAUUUAUACUAAUCAGGCACCAAUGGUGGCAUCCUACUCUUCUAGAGGCCCUGAUGUGAACAACGCACUUUUGCAAACAGCUGAUGUCCUCAAACCCAAUGUAAUGGCCCCGGGGUCUUCAAUUUGGGCCGCUUGGAGCCCUGACAGCGGGAGUGAUCAACUUAUCAAAGGGCAGAAUUUUGCACUGUUAACCGGCACCAGCAUGGCUACCCCCCAUGUAGCUGGCAUUGCUGCUUUAAUCAAACAUAAACACCCCAAGUGGAGUCCUGCUGCUAUUACAUCGGCAAUGAUGUCAAGUGCAGAUGUAAUGGAUCACUCUGGCUCUCCGAUCUUAGCACAAUCAACUACCGGACUAGUUGAGGCCACCCCAUUUGAUUUUGGUGCAGGAUUUAUCAACCCAGCUCGAGCUAUUAACCCAGGACUCAUAUUCAAUGCCUAUUUCCAGCAUUACGUACAAUUUCUUUGUGCUGUUCCAGGUGUUGAUGAUGAGUCUAUAAGACGAGUAGUAGGAAUUGGAUGCUCCACAGCCAGAAAAGCAUGGUGCUCGGAUUUAAACACUGCAAGCAUAACUGUUUCAAAUCUUGUUGGGUCAAGGAAGGUGAUCCGGCAAGUAACAAAUGUAAGUGGAAAAAAUGAAACUUACAGGGUGACUGUGAGACAACCAUCGGGCGUGAAAGUUACUGUUAAGCCGCAGGCUUUUGAUAUAGGGGGAAAUGCUUCAAUGCGGCUAAAGAUUGUAUUAAAAGCUACGGAAGCAACAAGAGCUUACUCAUUUGGAGAGAUGCUAUUGCAGGGAAGUAACAUGCAUGUCAUUAGAGUUCCUAUAGCCGUCUAUGUGAGCAACUCUAUUGGGUUUUGAAUUAUAAAUUUAGAGCUUAAAAAUGUGUGAAACAAACAUCUCCUCUUGAACCAAACGUUCUCGA